CCAUCGCCGGCGGAAGAGGCGAGGCAGCAUUUUUCUCGGCGCCAAGGUAUUUGAUUUUUUCCUCCUCCAUCUUCUCGUAGGGCACCUGCUGCUGUUGAGAGAGCGUUUUACAGCACGAUGAGCCACCAUCAGAACUGAAACCAUCAUCCGCAACAACCCUCAGGGAAACCCAUCUCACGAAAGAAAGAAACAUAAAUGGAUGGCCCCAGAGAGAGGAGAGUCUGAGCCCGGAGCUGUGGAGCAGGCGGUUUUGACAGACUGCCAAGCCCCACCUUCCCCGUUCCGACACUUUCAUACUCGCGUUAGGAUUUUCUAAAUGAGUCCGAUUGGAACUGUAAUCCUGUGAGGACGGUCCUUGGAGCGGGGCCGGUUCCGGUGCUCCUUUUGGGAACACAUUCUGGGGAGAAUCUCCAAUCAUCCGCGUCCUACAAGGACAGCAGAGGAUCUCAGCAUCGACCAUGUGGACCUUCCUCGGCCUUGCCACCUUCACGUACUUUUAUAAGAAAUGCGGGGACGUGGUCACGUGGGCCAACAAGGAGCUGCUGCUGUGCGUGCUGGUGUUCCUGUCGCUGGGCCUGGUGCUGUCCUACCGCUGCCGCGCCCGCUCCCGCGGCGGGGCCCUCCCGCGGCGCCAGCAGAAGGGCUCCCAGCUCGCCGUCUUCUCGGACCUCCUGGCGGCCCUGCCUUUCAUCGGCUUCUUCUGGGCCAAAUCCCCGCCGGGGACAGAAAAGAACGAGCAGCUCGGGUCCAGGAAGUGUAAAAAAGGAACCAAUAUUUCAGAAACCACCUUAAUAGGAGCAACUGCCUCUACAUCGAUAUCUUCUCAAAAUGACCCGGAAGUUAUCAUUGUGGGAUCUGGUGUCCUUGGCUCUGCUUUGGCAGCAGUGCUCUCCAGAGAUGGAAGAAAGGUGACAGUAAUUGAGAGAGAUUUACAAGAGCCUGACAGGAUAGUUGGAGAAUUUCUGCAGCCAGGUGGUUAUCAUGUCCUUAAAGACCUUGGUCUUGAAGAUACAGUGGAAGGUAUUGAUGCCCAGGUUACACAUGGCUACAUAAUUCAUGAUCGGGAAAGCAAAUCAGAUGUUCAGAUUCCUUACCCUCUGCUAGAAGACAAUCAAGUGCAGAGUGGAAGAGCUUUCCAUCAUGGAAGAUUCAUCAUGAGUCUCCGUAAGGCAGCUAUGGCAGAGCCCAAUACGAAGUUUAUUGAGGGCAUUGCGCUCCAGUUAUUAGAAGAAGAUGAUGCUGUGGUUGGAGUUCAGUACAGGGAUAAAGAAACCGGAGACAUCAAGGAACUCCAUGCUCCAUUGACUGUUGUUGCAGAUGGACUAUUUUCCAAGUUUAGGAAAAACCUGAUCUCCAGUAAAGUUUCCGUUUCAUCUCAUUUUGUUGGCUUUCUUAUGGAGAAUGCACCACAAUUUAAAGCAAAUCAUGCUGAACUUCUUUUACUUAAUCCAAACCCAGUUCUCAUCUACCAGAUUUCAUCUCAUGAAACUCGAGUACUUGUUGACAUUCGAGGAGAAUUGCCAAGGAAUUUAAGAGAAUACAUGGUUGAAAAAAUUUACCCACAAUUACCUGAUCACUUGAAAGAACCAUUCUUAGAAGCCAUGCAGAAUUCUCGUUUGAGGUCUAUGCCAUCUAGCUUCCUUCCUCCUUCAUCAGUAAACAAACGAGGUGUUCUUCUUUUGGGAGAUGCAUAUAAUAUAAGGCAUCCUCUCACCGGAGGAGGAAUGAGUGUUGUUUUUAAAGAUAUAAAACUGUGGAGGAAAUUGCUAAAGGGUAUCCCUGAUCUUUAUGAUGAUGCAGCUAUUUUCCAGGCCAAAAAAUCAUUCUAUUGGUCAAGAAAAAUGUCUCAUUCCUUUGUUGUGAAUAUCCUUGCUCAGGCACUUUAUGAAUUAUUUUCUGCAAAAGAUGAUUCCCUACAUCAGCUAAGAAAAGCCUGUUUUUUAUAUUUCAAACUUGGCGGAGAGUGUGUUGCUGGUCCUGUUGGGCUGCUUUCUGUGCUCUCUCCUAAUCCUCUAAGUUUAAUUGGACACUUCUUUGCUGUUGCCAUCUAUGCCACAUAUUUUUGCUUUAAAUCAGAACCUUGGAUUACGAAACCCCGAGCCAUUUUCAGUAGUGGUGCUGUAUUUUACAAAGCAUGUUCUGUGAUAUUCCCUCUGAUUUACUCAGAAAUGAAGUACUUGGUUCUUUAAAGAGAGGGACCAUUUGUGAUUGAAUAUUUGGAACUCACCAAGUCCUAAGUGACUUUCAGAAGAGGAUUUAUGCAGUAUGGUACUAUACCACUUCUUGGAAACUCUUGGACCAAGACUGGAAUUAAUUUGUUUUUGAAGUUAUUUGUAUAUAAACAUGUAAAUAUAUACUUUAAUUUUCAAUUUAAAAUGAAGGGUCAAAUAAGACAAUUCAAAAGAAAUGAUUGUUACCAUAAAUGAGUGCUAACACUGAGAACAGUUUUUCUUUUGAAUUCAGUAUUUGGAAUAAGUUACUGUGGGACAUACAAAUAAAAUGAAGAACCCUCAGGUUGUUUUGUUUCUUGUUGUGGACUUCUUUCCGUAGCUUCAGGAUGAUGGAAAAGAAGACCACAGUGGGAUGCAAAAUGCAGAGGGAAACCUGUUCUGACGCUGAUGCUGGGGGGAAGUUGCCUUAAAUCUCUGGACCUGAUUUUCCUCAUCUAUCCAGGGAGACAGUGUGAUAAGGUUCUUUUCUGAGUUCUUAGAAAAUAUCACACUUAUACAUUCAUACAGGAAAGCAGCCAGGGCUUUAUAAGGUCCACUGGAGAGCAUUAAUAAGCCAGGCUAGGAUUGUUUCAAGAAACAGUGAAUGAAUAAAAAGCACUUGUAAUGCCUGGUAUAAUGCCAUAAAACCAAUGUUUUUCCAAGUUUAUGGUGUAUUUGAAAAGAUUAUAGACAUGAGUUAAUCACAAUAUCAGUAAUGCUCCCCCUGAAAUCAGAGUAGUAAAAUAUAACCUGGACUAUUAAGUAAUGACUUUAGAUUCUAAUGAUCAGGGCUAAAAUCACAUGUAAGCUUUUAAUAAUAAAACUUUAUCUUUUUUAACUUUUAAA